GUGUCCCUCCCUCCCUCUUUCUCACUCUCUCUCUCUGGUUGAGUUUCCCUACCUCUUGGGACAUGAGACGGACGGUACCACCCUUAUUCUUCCCAUGGACCAAGCUUGCAAACUCCAGGCUUGCUUCGAUUUUUAAACUGUCCGCUCCACCACGUGGCCCGGAAGCCAGUUUCUUAUUUCGACGGCACUGCCGGCCUCCACCUGACGUCGUCCAUUCUUCGAGCCGGCGGGCCUGCUGCAUGUACCUGUAUGCCGAACCAGACUUGGGCUAUGCCGAGACUUUUCUCUGGUAGCCGAGCCACAGAAAAAAAAUAAAAAUAAAAAUACAUGGCGAGUUCCCGAGUUUGGGCAACGGUCGAAGCUUGGCCAGAGAGAGAGAGAGAGAGGGGGUGUGUGUGCCAUUGAGAAAACAGUUUCAAUUUGCCGUGCCCUUCUCCCUUUCUGGCCAAGCUCUCUGUCACUCUCCCCAUCAAACUCGACCCUUUCAUCCACACUGACAUCCCCGUUUGGGCAAAGUCACCAUCAGCCUCGGCCCCUAGUCUCUCUGUCGACGGUAAGCAGCGGCCGUCCGCUUCGACCCGGCCGUCCUCAUUGGCCCGGCCAUCCAUAGAGAGCUCCGCAGCCGUUCGAUCGCCGCCGGUGUCCAUGACGUCGCUUGGCCGUCGAGCAUGACGCCCGCCUCCCGUCAUUAGACUCGAUCCUUUUUUCUCGCCGCCCGCCAAAAUCGCGUUGCGACCAAGCAAUUGACUCUUUGUUUACGUGAUGGCCGAGGAGCCGUCUCUUUCCAUUAUAAGGAUGGCUGUUCCUGUUGGACUUCUUCCCCUGGUUCAUUGAAGAAGCAAUACUACCAAUCCAAAUCACAUAUAAUCGUGUUACUAUUAUCAACACACACAUACAUACAACACAUACACACACACACGCAUACAUACACAUCCAUCAUAAUGGCAACACAAGCAGCCUACGCGGCCGAACAGGUCAUCGGCCAUCAGGACGACGCCGUCACGGCGCAGGAUGUCACCAACUACGGCGGCGACAAGGGCAACUCGAACGAGCUCAUGAAGGCACUCGUGUGGCAGGGCAAGAACAAAGUCGAGAUCGUCACCGUCCCAAGACCCAAGAUCCUCGAGGAGAACGAUGUCAUCCUCAAGGUCACCGGCAGCACCCUCUGCGGCAGCGACCUCCACCUGCUCCACGGCUCCGUCGUGCAGAUGAACAAGGGCGACAUCCUCGGCCACGAGUUCUGCGGCGUCGUCGACGAGGUCGGCUCCAACGUCAAGAAGGCCAAGGUCGGCAAGCGAUACGUCGCAUCCUUCCAGAUCGCCUGCGGUGAUUGCUUCUUCUGCAAGCAGAAGCUGUCAUCCCAGUGCGAGCGGACCAACUCCAACACGAUGGAAAAGUCCAUGUACGGCUCGCAGACGGCGGGCAUGUUCGGCUACUCCCACUUCACCGGCGGCUUCGCCGGCGGCCAGGCCGAGUACGUCCGCGUGCCCAUCGGCGACGUGAACCUGCUCGAGAUCCCGGACGGCGUGCCCGACGAGAAGGCGCUGUUCCUGUCCGACGUGCUCGCCACCUCGUGGAACGCCGUCAAGGACACGGCCGUCUACGAGGGCGACCAGGUCGCCAUCUGGGGCGCGGGCCCCAUCGGCCAGAUGGCCGGCGCCUUCGCCAUCGACCAGGGUGCAUCCAAGGUCAUCUUCGUUGACACCGAGGCCCGCCUGUCGUUCGUCAAGUCGCGGUGGCCCGCCCAGCACGCCGACAAGCUCGAGCUGAUCGACUACUCGAAGCUCUCGCACGGCGUCACCAACAAGGAGACGGUCGUGUCGAGGCUCAAGGAGCUCUGCGGCGGUCGCGGCCCGGACGCCGCCAUCGAGUGCGCUGCUGGCGAGUACCCCAAGGGCUGGCUGCACGCGGCUGAGAUCGCCAUCGGCGCCGAGACGGACACGAGCGAGAUCGUCAACGAGAUGAUUGAGGGCGUGCGCAACUUUGGCCGCUGCGGCAUCACGGGCGUUUACGUCGGCUACACGAACCACUUCAACAUCGGCUCGCUGAUGGAGCGUGGCGUGCGCCUCAUCGGCAACGGCCAGGCGCCGGUCCACCUGUACUGGGAGGACCUGCUGCGCAAGAUCCAGGAGGACAAGAUCGACGUCUACCAGAUGCUGUCGCACCGCAUCCGCCUGGACGACCUGGACAAGGUCUACUACAAGUUCGAGAAGCACGAGGACGGCAUCCAGAAGAUCUUUGUCGAGACCAAGUUCUCCUUCCCGCGGGCUGAGGGCACGCCGGAGGUGACGACGUACUAAGUGGGACGGGAUGUAUAAGUUUGGAUUCGACGAUAAUGAGACAUGACGAUUGUGCGUUAUAUAAAUAAUCUUGUACACAAAUAGCUUCAUUCCGGGGGGGGGGAGGCUCUAGAACUUUGGGAAAUAUGCCCAGAAGUUGUUUGAUGAGAUGUAAACCAGAGAGUAUUCAACACAGUUACAGCCUUUAUUCGUAUCAGUUGUAACAUUAAAGACCUAAGAAAGGGAGAGUUACAUCACCAACUUACAAUACUCCAUGUUACAUUUUAUCUCUGCGA